UCAGUACGUCGCGCGGCGUUGCAGAGCGAGGAGGACGCACGUACAGCGCGGGCCGGUCGACUCUUUCGCGACGUGAGUUUUGCGCGCAUGUAAAACGCGGUGUUUUUGUGAAAUCAUACGAAUCGGCGGAGCGCGUACGCGGGAAGGAUAAUAUGCCUCGCCGCGCCGGUAUUUCCCGGACCGACAGCUGAGAGACGCGCUGUCCGAUCCGUUCGCGAUCGUUUCUCCCGUCCGCGCGUCGCCGGCCGAAUUUUGACAAUCGAUCCUGUCCACUGAUGUGAAUCUCCCUGUGUGUGUGUAUGUGUGUAUGUGUGAUCCGCGCCACACGACCCGGCGAUCGAAUAUAUCGCGUAUCGGUCUUCUCCGUGGUAAUUAACGUCCGCGAUUCUUCGUUCCGCUGUCCGCGACGCACUUUACGCCACGGGAAAAUAUUGUGUGCGCGCGCGCGCGCGCUUGAACGCACACCAUUCGUUUCAAAUCGACGCGAGUAGGAAAGUCAUAUAAUCGACAACAAUAUAUCGAUCGUUUUCUAUCUUGCAAAUUUUUUGCAAAAAUUCAAUACGGGCAAUAUCGAUAGAAUACGAAAAAAGGAGGACGGAAAAACGAAGCGAAAACGAGAAAGAUAUAGAAGAGUAUCUAGUGAAUCUCUCGUCGCGGAGCAUCUCUGCGCGCUCGUCCGGGUGGAGAUUGGUUUGCGCGCGCGAAACUAUGCGACCAAAUUGACGACGCAACGAAGAAGGAAAGGGAGAAGGAAAACGAGAUAGAGGGAUAGAGAGAGAGAGAGAAGGAGAGCGAGUCACAGAGGCAAGUCGCGGUAAGAACGCCGCGACCGGUUGAAGCCGCGCGAGAAUAUGUGCGAGAGACGGAUCUGAGCGCGAGCGAGCCAUGGAGGACGCAGCAGCAGCAGCAGCACCAGCAGCGCAGGAUACCUGCUUCGGGACGGGCAGCGUGGCCGGAGCUGUGAUCGGGACCUUUCUGACGACGAUCCUUCUGCUCGCCGUUGCCGCGCUUCUCUACAAGCAGUGGCGCCGACGUAAGAGUAAACACUUGGUGCUGGUGUCAGAUCCCGAGAUUGCCGAGAAUGCGUACGCCUUCGACAAUCUCUGCUUCAAGGAUGUCACGCCUGCGGCGGUCGGCCGCGUCACGGAGAGACCGCCGUCAUCAGCUGUACCCGGGGACACACCCGCGAAGGAUUCCACGCGAUGGUCCACACCCUGGACGUCCUUGGGCCUCGGCUCGGCAAUCCGCAGCGAUAAACGCCGAACCCUCGAUGACUCCUGCGUCGGACCCAAGGCCACUAGGGUCAGCCUGGUCAGUCUGCGUAGCCGUGACUUCACCGGCCUGGGUUUUAACGUGUGCGGCAACAUGAGGGAGGGUAUCUUCGUCAAGGACCUGCUGCACCGCGGACCCGCAUCCGAAUCCGGACGAAUACACCCUGGGGACCGUAUCUCUAGCGUGAAAAUCAGCUUCCGCAAUAUGGUAUAUGAGGACGCGUUGACAAUCCUGAGUUAUGCCUCGCCGUAUGACGUAGAGCUGGAAGUGGAGAGCGGCGGUAGCGGCUCCAAGCCGGCAACGUUGCUGAAGAAAAGCGUGGGUCCGAGUCCGACGAGGAUCUGUCACCCUCUCUACAGGAGCCAGUCGAUCCCGGAGCUGUCACGGGGUCACAAAAGCGUCGCGAAACGGCUCUUCAUAGCCGACCCGAACGAGUCCGUGGGCUCGAAUUACUCGAUGAACUCGACCCUCAAAUCCUCAAAAUCGACGCCGGGCAGCGGGCAGAGCCUCGAGAGGCGUCACGACGAGGCGAAGAACAAUCAUCAUCACAAGUUCGGCAUCAAGGUGUUACCGGCGCUGGACGGCACCGUGCACCGUAUCGAGAAUCAGAAUGAGCACAAUACAAACCUGGAGAGAAGGCACUCACGCAAGAUGGACGCGGAGAAACUGCUUAUGAAUAGACAGUCCGCGACUUUGAGCGACACUGACGAGAAGAAACUCUGCAACGAGCGUCUUCAGCAACGCGCGGACGAUGCCGUUCCAGCAAGAAUCACCGACGGCGACCGCAACAUCGAUCACGUGUCGCGGGUAGAUAAAGGCAGCAAGGACGCCGACGGGGGGCUCAACAUACCGUCGGAGGUGCCGACGGAGGUGCACAACGCGGCUAUGGCGGCUCGCAGAAAUCGAAAGAGCAGUUCCGAUCUUCUGAGCGUGCAGAAGAUCAGCUCGUCCGAUUCCGACGGCGCCAAGAGUCCUCAGAAGAACAAGCGGAAGGCACCGGCGCCGCCAAAGAAUACCAACGACGUCGCGACGUCAUCCGCAAGGAAAGACGCCAUAGACACGAUCGACAGUAUCGCCGAUUACACGGAGUCGUGCGACUACGUGAACAAGGCGCGUGAGAAUACGGACGCCGCCGCCGCGGAUGCCCGGAGGCAUCGUCUGGAGAAUCAGCCGACGGUGAACAGACGGAACUCCGAGUCGGACACUGACAACGAGAUGCAGAAUAGCUUUACGAUCGAAUUGAAUUCGGCGGACAUCACCGUCCAUCGCACGCCCGUGCCGGAGGCGGACGACGACGAGGAUGACAUUUACAGGAAGGCAGCCAGCUUGGGCGACUUGUCCAAAUACGAGAACAAGACCGCGGCGGUCCUGGAGAGGGCGCAGAGCCUUGACAUGAGCGUCGACACCGGGGCGAAGAAGCGCAAGGCGCCGCUGCCGCCCGAGGAUAUUAACGAGUCCACGGAGGAUCUCACGAAACUCGAUCAGAUCGACACGUUUGAUCGACGGAAGCUGAAGAAGUCGAACGAGUGGGGCACCCUGGAGGACAUGAUCUGGAGCGAAGCUGCUACUGAAACGGAGGAUAAGGCGCGUGAGAAAGCGCGCACGAGGAAGAAAAGCAACGGCACCUUGGAGCGUUCCAAGUCCGCUGUGGAGAUCAAGCUGAAGGAGGAUGUCACUGCAACGACGACGGCCGUGGUAGUGACAACGGCGGACAGCGUGUCCGAGCAGAAGUCCAGAUCAGAUGAUUCAGAUCAGGAGAUCACCAGUAUCGAGCUAUACAAUCUGCCGUUGAGCAAGCGACUUACCGAGGAGUUUAUUCGCACCGAGCGGAUGUUCAAUCCGGACGAGGAUAAUUCCCUGGCCAGAAUCGUGAACGACGGCCGGGUGGUGAAGAGCCCGACCCCGAAGGAAGUGGAACUGGACUUCCAGUUGGCUGAGGAGAAACGGUCUUCCGAGGAGGGCAAACGCGAGGAGGGGAUUGGAAACGAAACGGAUAGUAAUUCCACGCCGGAAAAGUCGGAGGACUUCAGUCGCGCCGUUCGUUACUUCGAGCUGCACGCGAGCGGCUCAUCGACAUCUCCGGAGCCGACGACAAAAGUCAACCUGACGCGGCCGGACGAGUGGAAGGAAGAGAGAGCGCCCGUUAACGACGCAUCGUUUUACGCCGGUAAACAGCCAGUUGUAGAAGAACCUAUCUUAAAAGCAACCGUGACAGUGGAUUACUGUCGCGGUUGCGAGGAUAGGUAUGGCCAGCACAGCGCCGUCUGCAAACGUGAAAAGUUUGCCACCAACAAGCAGCACCGUGUGACCGUGCGAUCGUUCUCGGAGGACAGCAAGACGGGCGCACGAGAGAACACGGAGAGAGAAGCAGAACAACGGACGUCCGCCCCGACGCAUCUGCGAGUACACGCGUCCAAGUCGGAAUCGUCGGCUAGGCAUGACAAAUUCCAGGACAAGGAAGAGAACGCGGAGGGCAAGAACGGCGGCACCUUUUCCACGUUUCACGCGUAUCGGACAAAGUUCGAGCAGCAGAGUGCGGACGGUCAGCAGCGCGACAAGUACUCGCCGACCAAGACGAAAUUGCCGACCGACUCCGCGUUCGCCGACACGCACUUCGCUCGACGCAUUAUUAACGUCUCCAAUUGCGACGGGGACGACGAGGAGGAAGAGGAGGAGCGUGAGUUCGGCUCGCGUAACGUAACGACGAACAACAAGAGCUCAUCCUCGCUUAAGGGGGAUCGUCGUAACAUCAGCAGCGUCAGCGUGUCCAGUGGCGAGAGCAAGGACAGCGGUCUGGUUCGAGAGUCGACGGACUGCAAUAAUCCGCAGGACACGGAGAAUCGUCCGUCUUUGCCUAAUACACCCGUGCCGUCGAACGCCGGUCAAAAGAUGACUUACAUCACGGAGAUCAAGGUGUCGCCCAACAGGGAAGGUGUUCGCGAGACCGACAGCGAGAACGAGGAGAUAAUGACGGGGACUAACGGCGAGUCGCGGAAAUUGGCGCGUCAGGAGAUCAAGGUGACGUCGAACGGUAAGCCUACGUCCGGUAAAAAACCGCCGGUACCGCCGAGGCGAUCGGACAUCACGAAGAGCCCGAAGGAGGACCGGACGGACAAGCAGAUCGUUUACGUAUCCGAAUACAAGUCCGCGGCGGGCAAUGGAGUACAGAUUUUGGACGCGCAUCCGGGAUCAGAGGUCAAGCAAUCGGAAAACAAGAAGUUCGAGCACUGGAUCUUCAGGUCUGACAAGGAGUAGAAUCGAUGACGGAGUCCCACUUCCGGCCAAUCGCAGUCAAUCGUGACGAACAUCAUAAUGAGAAUCGCGAACAUUCUUAUCGUCCCUAUAAAUUUGUAUCGUCCCUGGAUGAGAGUGGGACAAUAUGAAUUGGAAUGUUCACGAUUCUCGGCUUUCUUAGGAAUGCGAAUGAAAAUAAUCGGAAAUUGUGUAUAAUUCAGCUUACAAAGAGACAUUUUAUUCGAAAAAUAUCGGAAAUGAGGUGUUUCUUCGUACGCGACGUUUCUUUACGAAUACAAAUAACGAUUGUAGCAAUUAAUAGAAAAGCUAUUGUAUUAAUGUUAAAACCAAGAUUGUAUUAAUGUUAAACUAAGAAUUUUGGAAUAACGUCCUUUCUAAGAUAAUCGAUUUGAGCAAAGAUUUCGAAUAGAAACAAGGCUAAGUGUCGCAACAAUAAUCGUAAAAUAAAUAAUAUUUUUACAUGAUAUAUUUUUUUGCAUCAAUUUUUAGCUCUUUUUUAAAACUUGAUCCCUUUUCAUUUCCAGUCUUCAAUUCAGUUUGACUUCAAUAAAUGAUCCAGAUUGAAAGUGAGAAUGUACGUAAGUCUGAAAGGAGAGAAUAUGAUUAAUUUUAUGUCGCAUGUGUUAAUGCAUUUCUUGAAGUGAUACGUGUUUCAUACAUAUAUUAUAAAAUAUGUACAUACAUUAUACAUCCAGGAAAAUUUCUUUCUGAUGGUUUUAUUGAGAAGUUAUCCUCCAGACGGAAAAAUAUCUUUGUCUGAAGUGUGAAUAUGUAAGAUAUUCAAAAUUAUAGUCAAUUCUUUUAGAAGAAGAGGAAAACUUGACAUUAUUUCUCUGAUUCUCGAUCGAGUUGCGUUUAAUUUGUCUUGUUUUUCUGAUUUUCUAUAUGUAACUUAUUUUAAUAUGCUAGAAUCAAAACCCAGUAAGCAAAAAAUACUUAAUAUUAUAUAUAAUAUUUCUGAAUAUUUAAAAAGUGUUUCAAUAUUAUUCCAGAUAUUUUAUAAAUAAUAAUCUCAUAAUACAGAAUGAUGAAAGAACAUCAUUACUUCAACGAACACUGAACAUUUCUAAAAACUUUGUUCAUUCUAUAUUUGUGCGUUGUAUAGGAAUAUUAGCGCAACACAUCAUUUGCAACGAUAUUUCAGUCUCAUAUAAAAUUUGUUCACAAUGACGUUGCAACAUUAUACGAAUGCAACAUUAAAAACUACAUAUUUUUUUUAAAAUAUGUUGUCAAAUAUUAUUCUAAUAACAUUACUGAAAUAACAUUACUGAUACUUUGUUUACUGGGAAGAAUCAGUAUGAUUUUCGAUAAUAUCUUAUUGAUAUAUAUAACUUUGUUUUUUAAUGCACAUUCGUGGACAAUAAUCUUUUCGAUUGAAGUUAACUGCGUUCCAGAAGCAGACGAUCUAAAUAUUUAUACGUUAUUGUGUUAUUAACGUAUGUAUACACAGAAAGCCUCGAUGACUGACUUGCACAAGUUAACAAUAACGUUUUACUUAUAAUACGACAGCAGUACAUUUGCACACGGUAACACAUUUGUAUCUUAAUGUUAUAUUAUAUUUAUAUGUUAUGACUGUUAAAUCCGAGCAGUGCAAUUGGACUUAACAGUUACGAUGUAUGUAUAAACACCUAGAUGCGAUGCGUCUGAAACAGUAGCCGACUUCAGACAAAAAGGCGUUAUUGUCCACGAGUGAAUCAACAGUUGCGUAGCUUGUAAUUUUACAUUUUAAUUGUUCACGCGUAUUCAUGAGUAUCGUCUGUAUGAGAUACAAAGUAAAUAUUAAUUAAUAAAAUCUUACGUAUAAUUGUAUUAUUCGCUUUAAAUACAUCGAUGCUCAAGUAAAUAUUGAGUACGAAAAUCUUAAUUUCAAUGGUUUAUUUAAAGAGCGUAUUUUUUUGUGUUUUUAAUGGUAUUAUGUGUUUUUAUUGCUAUCUGAUGUUCUCUGAAAGCAUAGGUAAUAAAUCCAAAAUGUAUUGGAUUUGCUAUAACCUUAGAAGAUAUAUACAUAUGUAUGUUCUAAGGCUAUAACGUGCGAUUGACAUUUAAGAGAUGUUUCACUGCGAAUGUAUUACUAUAUCACAUUAUAAAUGAAAUGUUAUUGUUAACUGAUGCAAGUCAGUCAUCGAGUUUUUCUGUGUGCGUUAAAUAUAAUUGUAAUAUAAUUUAUUUCAAAACUAACACGUUGGUAACAUACGCUAUUGUUUAGAAUUUGUUAGUAACAAAUGUAUAAAGUUUUAAUGAAUAAAAAUGUAUAUUUUUAAACAUACUGAUAUUGCAGAUAUAUAUUUUUUAUGUGAUGAUUCUCGUGAGAAGAGUAAAAUUAUUUUCGUUCUUUACGAUUGUGUUGCAGCACUUUAAAAACAAUUCGCAUUACAUAAAAAAUAUAUAGAAUCAAAUCAAAAUCUAAUCAAAUUUAAUAGUUAAUUAUACAUGCUAAAUAGGUUUGCUAAUA